CUCUCCGUGUUGCAACUUCUCUCCUUUCUGUUUGACUGUGCCACCAACAGAUGACAAGACGCUCUGCGGAACCAUCACGAGGCUGAAGUUUCCAAAAUUGCUGUUUAGCCAGCAACAGAUUUCCAGAGGGGGAGGGGCAGAGCGCAGCAGCUGGAAGCAAAUAAGGAACUGGGACCUCUCAGCGCCAGCUUCAGCAUCGGGCAGCAAGCGGAUUGUGACAAGCGACAGAGGCGCUUUUCGGGCCGAGAUGAGGGUGCUUCACUGGGCCCUUUCGCUCCUGCUGGGGAUCUGCUCCAGUUGCUCCGCGCGUUCUCUGCGCUAUCAUUACGUGUCUUGGUCCGAGCCCGGCCAGAGGUUGCCGCGGUUCAUGGCCCUGGGCUACGUGAACGACCAGCCCUUCAUCCACUACGACAGCCAGGGGGACACCCAGAGGGCCGAGCCUCGGGCGCCUUGGGUGUGGGAGAUGGAGAAGGACGACGGCCGGUUCUUGGAGAGGGAAACCCAGCGCUUUCGCAACGCCGAAGUGUUCUUCAGAGAGAACCCGGCUCAGCAGAGCAGCUCAGGAAACCACACUGCAGGGCUUCACACCUGGCAGCGCAGGUAUGGCUGUGAAAUUCUCCACGGUGAUCACAGGAACAGAUUCUGGCACUAUGGCUACGACGGGCAGGAUUUCCUCAGCUUGGACAUGGAGACGCUCACCUGGACGGCGGCCAGUGUGGAGGCCCAAACGACCAAGAGGGAGUGGGAGGCUAGGACAAAGAAUGCCGAGAUCUACAAAGACUACCUGGAGCGGGAAUGCUUUGACUCACUGUGGAGACACCUGGACUAUGGGAGGCCGACCCUGCUGAGGAAAGAGCCCCCUGUGGUGCGGGUUUCACGGAGAGCGCUGAAUGACAGCAGGGACGUCCUGGUCUGCCAGGCCUACGGCUUCUACCCCAGGCAGAUCAGCGCCAUGUGGAUCCAGGAUGGAGAGCUCCAGCUGCAGAACACCUUCUACAGGAACGUCACUCCCAAUGUGGACGGGACCUACAACCUCAGGCUGGCCAUCGAGAUCGACUCCAAGGACUGGGACCACUACCAGUGCCGUGUGGACCACGCCAGUUCAGCCCAGCAUCUGGUCUUGGACUGGGAAGCUCCUGGGGCUACCUGGGCUCCCAUCUUGAUGGCAGUGGCUGUCGCGCUGGUGGUGGCCGGGAUCUUCAUCCUCAAGAGCCAGAGAUAGAAGGCAUCCCACAAGGGACGGCGGCUGCGUCCCUCCUCAGCCGGAGCAGCAUCGCAGCAGGACGGAGACCAGAGGCCUUCUCCAGCCCUCCCUGUUGGACGGAACAUGUGGGAGCAAGAAGAGCCACUGGGAGGCUGCACCGGCCCCCAGACCCCCAGGAGAACAUUGCCGCAAGAGGGAGAUCAACCAGGCCCGAUACAUCGGCCCGAGAAAGACCAGCUGCAGGGAGCUCGCUGCACUUCGACAUUCAGAAGGGCUUGGGGUCUGCCUUUUUCCUCCUCCCUCCCAAUCUCUUUUCCUUUAGUGUUGUGCUUUUCCAUGUGUAGGCCUGAAGGCAAGGGCUGUUGUACGACUGAUCUCUGUGAGCCACGCUGGGAACCUUUUUCUGUUGAAUGCUGUCAAUAAAGAAUGAGGCCCUUUUGAGGGUUGGUGUUGGCCUUGAAAGAGCUGAAUGAUUUGGAAUCCAGCCAUCU